AAUUAAUUAGGGCUUUGCUAGGGUUUUUUUUUUUUACUUAUUAUUUUAUCAAGACAUAGGAAGAUGACGUCAAGGCCAGAGCUGCAGGCACCGCCGGAGAUAUUCUACAACGACGAUGAAGCUCGUAAAUACACCUCCUCUUCUCGUAUUAUCGAGAUUCAGGCGAAACUUUCAGAGAGAGCACUGGAGCUUCUUGCAUUGCCCAGUGAUGGUGUGUCCAGAUUAUUGCUCGAUAUUGGUUGUGGAUCAGGACUCAGUGGGGAGACAUUGACAGAAAAUGAGCACCAAUGGAUUGGCAUAGAUAUAUCACAAUCAAUGUUGGAUGUUGCAUUGGAGCGUGAAGUUGAGGGUGACCUUGUACUUGGUGACAUGGGCCAGGGCUUAGGUCUUCGACCUGGGGUUAUUGAUGGUGCCAUAAGUAUUUCAGCUGUUCAGUGGUUGUGCAACGCUGACAAAUCCUCUCAUGAGCCACGUAUAAGAUUGAAGGCUUUCUUUGGGUCGUUAUACAGGUGUUUGGCGCGGGGAGCAAGGGCAGUGUUACAAGUGUAUCCUGAAAACCUGGUUCAACGUGAGCUGAUCCUGGGUUUUGCUAUGCGGGCUGGAUUUUCUGGGGGUAUAGUUGUUGACUAUCCUCACAGUACAAAGAGUAGAAAAGAAUACCUUGUGCUCACUUGUGGUCCACCAUCCCUAAGCAGUGCUGCUCCACGAGGAAAAGAUGAAGAUGGCGAUAGCUGUUCUGAUGAAGACAGCAGUGGAGACGAAGACAAUCAAUCAGUUUGCAUAUCAGACAGACACAGACCAAGGAAAAAGCAAAAAUUAAAUAAGAAGAUGAAGGGAAGAGAAUGGGUUCUGAGGAAGAAGGAACAAAUGAGGAGAAAGGGAAAUGCUGUGCCAGCAGAUACCAAAUACAGUGCUCGCAAACGAAAGGCCCGCUUCUGAUGGUUAUCAAGGUCACAAGUUAAUAUAUUCGUCAAGUGUGAUUCUACUGCAGUGCAAGCUUUAGAUGAAAACUAUUCGUACUGGAAUCUCAGAUCUCUUUAUUUAUACAUCAAACUUGAUGGAAACACUUUGGCUUGGAUUUGAUUAUACCAAUUUUUGACCCUUUUUUUCGAUUUUUCUUUGAGAUUGCCCGAGAAAGUUGUCCGUGAUAAGGUGAGGAAGGACUAGAGUGUUGUACUAAUAUUUUGCAACUUCAGUUAUGUUCUCUUCUUGAAAUAUGUGGUACAUUUCCAAUUCACUUUUGUUGGAGUUAUUCUUCAUUCGA